CAAAUACGAACCUUGCAGUGAUGUCUAUAUAGACCUUUUUCAAAGUUGUUAAAUCUCAGAAAACAAACAGAUUAAUAAAAAUCUCAAUACCAAAAUUUAUCUCUUUUUACUCUUCAAGAAGAUGGCUUCUAAAACCAUUGCUAUUAUACUCCUAUUCAACAUAGUCCUCUUCACAACUGCUAAUGCUGCUUGUUCUAUUAACAUCUUUCCUCUGUUUUCCGCAUGUAGAAAAGAGUUGGAUGGACUGGUGUCGGGCCGUCCUGUAGGUUCACCAAAAUCUUCCUUCUGUUGCAUCGGAAUUGACCAAAUCGGCACCACAGAAGCAACAACUUGUCUUUGUUCUGCGUUUCAGAUGGAUCACAGCAUUGGUAACAUUUCCGAAGCACUCGGAAAGGUAUUCAAAUUUUGUGGCCGUCCAUCAGAUAUUCAAUGUGUGAAGCCUUAAUAAUUUGUUUUCUUAACACAAAGUCUGUUUUUUUGUCUUUCAAAGAACGUGUGUUAUUUGCUGUCUUUGUUCUCCUCGUGUUGUUGAGACUAUGACGGUAUCUGAUUAUCUUGGAGUCCCCAACUUUCGUACUUGUUCGUCUUUCAUAAAUCCAAAAAUUUCAUGCCUUGAAUUGUCCUUGUAAAUCAUUACUCUGAUCCCAUACAAUAGGAUUGAAAUCUUAUGAUGUUAUCCCAUGCUGUCUUUGUUCUCCUUAUUGUUGUUUCUCUAGAGGUCAUGACGGUUAUGUUUGCAGAAAAUAUUGUAACAAUCUACUCAUUUU